UCAGAGCCCUCAAAUCUCUCAUUCCCUGAUUUCAAACUAAUCUGAUCUCUAGCUAGUGUUCAAUAUUUUGAAAACUGAAGUUGAAAAUGUCGUUCUUUGGGAUAUUACAGUCGCUGUUAUUUGUGUCCUUUCUCCUCAUCAAAUGUGAUGGCACUGAUGAUGAGUUCCUUGUGAAUGCGACUUUGGUACGGAGUGAUCCUGAAGCGGGGAGGAGCAUGGUGCAACUUGCCGGAAUAUUGCGCAACUGCAUAUGCUCACACUAGAAAUCUUACCCUAGAUCCCAAGCCGUACUCCUUUAAAGACAUCCUGAGCAAAAAAAAAGAGGAGAAUCCAGAUUUCUUCAACUGGAACAGAGCUGUGAUUUGGUAUUGUGAUGGUUCAUCUUUCACGUCGGACUCACAAAAAGUCUACGAGUACAAUGGCACCAAGAUCUAUUUCAGAGGCGCACGCAUAUACAAAGCAGUAAUGCAUGAGUUGCUUUACAAGUUGGGAAUGACAAUGGCGAAAAAUGCUCUCUUAGUAGGCGGUUCAGCGGGAGGAGUGGCGGUGACGCUACAUUGUGAUGGAUUUCAUGAUCUUUUACCGCACGCUACCAGAGUAAAAUGUUUGUCUGAUGCUGGAUACUUUUUUCCUUCGAAAAAGUAUGGGCAUGGAGAAAUAUUCACUCAAACUUUUCAAGGACUAAUGGCACAUGGGUCAAUUAAAGCCUUGCCCGAAGAAUGCACAUCCAGAAUGAGUCCAUAUCUGUGUUUCUUCCCUCAAAAUGUACAAGAACACAUCAAAACGCCCAUCUUCUUCCUGAUGUCCCCAUUUGAUACGGUUCAGGUAACAUGGACCUUUUCAGGGAAUGAUACAAUAAAGAAGUGUCUCACUACUUCCCUGAAUUGCUCAACUGACAUUAUUAAAACAUUGCAAGAUCUAAGAUUGGAAUUUCUCAGCGUGUUGCCAAAACUAAGCAAUGCAUCAUCAAGAGGGAUUUUGAUUACCUCCCCUACAACUCACGAACAACUGUCCAAUUAUAGAUGGAACAACGAUAUGGUUGUAGACGGGAGUGACGAGAAAAUCUCUAAACUAUUUGGCGACUGGUACUUUGAGCGAAAAGCCGUUCAAAUUAUCGACAAAUAUGCAUGUCCAUAUAAUUGUUCCGUAAGAAACAAUAACGGUAAUAAUGAUACGGUGCCAGCUGCUAUCUUCAACAAGGGAUUAAUUUUAUUGAUCCUUUUAUUGAAUUGGAUGGUUGUCUUGUUAUAAUAUGAUUAUUAUCGAUGAUAUGUUCUUAUCAUGUUAUGUACUUGAUACUUGUUCUGUUGUUAAUUAAUUGUUGGAAUAUUGUUUUGACAUACGUUUGCUAUCAUAUGACUGGCAAUUAAUAUAUUGCGUAAUGCUCUGU